AUGCCACAUAUCAUCUAAACAACGACGCGAGUUUAUCAUACCCGCGAAACCACGGUGUACUGCCCGUGGAAGGUCCUGAGCCCGAACCGUAAGACGCCGUGCCCCUACAGAAAGACACCCCAGGCCAUCACCAGUUCUGUCGAGGCCGCGUAACCAGCCCUUUUGGCCGACAAGGAACGGCGGAGAGCGAUUCCCGCAAACAAGUAUCUGGAAGACCCCGACGAGCCCAGUGACAGAAAGCAGGAACUAAUGCUUAAGAAUGUGGCUCCUUCGCCCUCGCCACCGGAACCUCCUUCGCUCGGCGGCCGUCGUCUCCGCCCUGGUCUCCGUCGUCCUCUUCCUCAGCAGCGCAUUCCUGCUCGACGACUCGGCGCCGCUGCCACGGUCGUCCCUGGUGACGUCACCGCCCGCCGCAACGGCCUCCCCGCUCGCCCUGCAACUGACACAGUCUCAGCCUCAGCAGGACGGAGCCAAUGACCUCCGGGACAAGCUGCCGUCCCAGGUGUCUUCCGAUAAGAACGACUUUUUCAAUCCGUAUAAGGGGAAGGUGAUUGAGAGGAAAGUUGUUAAGAAGAUAAGCGGUGACGAUAAGAAGAAGAAGAAAGUCGAGUCUACUGAUAGGAAAGGCGCUGGGGGAUCUGGUGGGAGGGAGCCAUCCUUCGGCUUCGUAAACAAGGACUUCCAGUCGCCUUAUAAUCCCCACGCCCGCAACCCCCUCGUGGAAACUUUCGAGAACAUCGUCAACGGCGAGUAUGGAAUAAAUCCGGGUAUGGUGCUCGGGGCGGUGGCAGCUCUCCAGCAGUCGAAGAGUUUGAGCAAUGGUGGAGAGAGGAUUGAGAAUUCGCAUCGGGGGAGUAAUGGGGAAGAAAGAGUUCGUGUGCGCAACGAGGAGAGAAUCGUCAGUUCGAAAGAGAGACUAAAAGGUGUUAUGUUACCGGGGGCGUCGGGAGGGAAGGACUUACGAGACGGAAGUAUCGGUGACAAAGCGACAAGAGGGACUCCCAUAAAACCGCGAAAAGAGAACCGUAACUCACAGGGAUCGAAGCAGAAUAUAUUAGGGUCUCUCCUGACGCAGAUCGGCCCUUCCAUCCUCGGGGGUGCGCUGUCGAAGACCGUUCACAGUGGCCAAGGCAGCCCUCAAGGACCACCACAGGGGAGCCCCUUGAAGACCCUCAUCAGCGAGGUCGGACCGAGUCUGCUGAGUGGAAUCCUUCAGAACGGGAAAGACCAUUCGGGUCCAGGAGGCGGAGGUGGCGAAUCGAGUCCAUUACAGUCCAUCGUGAGCGGGUUGGGUCCGCUGCUUCUGGCAGGAGCCGUUUCCCAGGGACUCGGUGGGAAUGGAAGGGACAAGGACACCCAGAGUCCUAUCCAGUCGAUGAUCAGCAACCUCGGCCCGCAACUGAUGAGCAAUGUCUUAAAGCAAGGACUGGGUGUCGGAAAGGGGCGUUCUCAGGACCCUAGUCCCGUGGAGUCCAUAAUCAGCGGCCUGGGCCCUCUACUGGGAAACGCAAUGCAGCGUUCCUUCCAAGGAGACAACAGCAAGAGCCCCGUAGUCUCGAUCCUCGGCGGCCUGGGAUCAAGUCUGUUAUCAGGAAUAUCCAAAAAAAGCCAAGGAAACGCCAGACAUAACGGUGCUCCGAAACGCAACACACCGCGGGUACAAGGACCUCAGCCACAAGAGCCGUCAAGGCAACGAGAGCAAACCGACAACAACAACAACAACAGAUCCUUACCUGCGGCUCCUUCGCCAGGAUCACCCAACUUCCGGGAAGGAAAGGAUCCUAGACAGGAACCUGAAGGAUUGAAGGAGGUUCAUCCCUGGGCCGGGGAAGGAGAGGAAGAACACCGAACAGAAGACAACAACAACGCGGCUGCCCCAAACCCGCUCCUCCGCCGCGCCGCCGGAAGCCUCCUGGAGCAGUGGCUUCCCGACCGCCUCUCCGUGCCGAAGGCGAACUCGACGCGCGGGGCCUGGCAGAUGGCAGUCAACCUGGCCCUCGGAAACCCCAAGGACAAGAAGGGCAGGAGGAGUCAGUUUUGGUCGUGGCUGCGGCAACUGAGCGGGUCGGACCAGAAGGCAAGUCACGCAGCAGCCGAUUGGAUAUUACGAGCACUUAAUAAUCCUGCUCGAGCCGCCCACGCCCGCGCGAUCUCGGACUUCUAUGAUGCUGUGACCAGAGUCCGGCCAAUCUGCCAGUCGGCGGAAACUGUGGGAGGUCUCUAUAACUGGAAAAAGGACGUUCUGGAAGGCAGCAAAGUCGUGUGCAUGGAUCCGGACGUCACUCCCAAGAAGAGGGGCUGCGUCGUCUACUCCUUCGGCGUCGAGGACGAGUGGAGUUUCGAGGAGGAGAUGGAGGGAUACGGGUGCGAAGUGUGGGCCUUCGACGCCGCAAUGACAACGGGGAACCACAACCACUCCGACAGCAUCCAUUUCUAUAACAUUGGCCUUGCUGCUUCUAACACCACGAGGGAUGUUCGAGGCCAGACGUGGAAUCUGUUCACAUACCCUGCCGUCGUGGCUAAGCUGGGCCACUCCAAGACAGCUGUCAGUUACUUGAACCUCGACGCUGCUGGUUCAGAGUGGGAGAUCCUGAAGGAGGCGAUGCAGGACAGCCCCCACAUCCUCACGAACGUCCACCAGCUCGGGGUCAAAGUUCACCUUGACCUGGCUCUGAAGGACCCGGCGUUGUAUCAGGUCAACCUCAAUACUCUCCGCGACCUGGAGAGUUACGGGUUUCAGCUCUUUUCGUCUGUUCAGGAGGAAGCGAGAGAAAAUGUAUACUUUGAUCCUUUACCCAAGAGGACCGUCAGCUUGACCUAUGACCUUGUUUUCCUCCGAAUAUAAAGUGGGUUGUUUUUUA